CAUAUCUUAACUCUUUUGAGCGAAACCCAUUCAUUCAGCAAAUCGCCAAUCUUAAAGAAAGAUCGCCAAAUUCCAUCUAUGAUGUCGAGUCUCACUCUUCUGAUCGUCUUAAAUUUUUUCCUAGUGAUAGCUAGUGCGUUUCCAGAUGGUGCCCCAGUGGAUGCUUGCGUUAAACCCAGACCAAAUCAGCCGUACCAUGGUCAGGCACGAUCCCAACCUGUCCAUACAAGCCCCUAUCAGAUCCUACAGUCCAGUGGUACCUAUGGGCCUGGAUCCCAAAUAACAGUCACUAUCCAGGGUGCUGACACGUUCAAGGGCUUCCUGAUACAGGCUAGAGAUGCAGCCACCAAUAACUGGAUUGGGGGAUGGAUAGAAACCCCCAACACUAAAAUCCACCCCGAGUGCAGUGCUAUCACACAUGCCGACCCAAAACCGAAAGCCCAGGCUACAUUGUUAUGGCAGGCUCCUGCUAAUUCUAGAGGAGGACAGGUUUAUUUCACGGGUACUGUGCUGAAGGAGUAUUCCACAUUUUGGUCAGAGCUGGUAUCCCAGGUCAACCAGUGAAGACAUUCAUCAGUGUCCAAAUAAUCAUACUUCCACCAGUCAUUGCAUAUGUACAUUGCCAUUAUAAGAACAUUUUUUAACAUCCAUUAUUCAUUAUAUC